AAUUAUCUGAAUUUCUUGGUGGAGGAAAUGAAGAAUCCGGGCAGAAAUCUGCCACUGGCGAUUGGAAUUGCACUCACCUUGGUGAUGGGUCUUUACGUAUUAACGAACAUAGCGUACCUGGCGGUGCUGAGUCCGUACGAAAUGUUGGCGACGGGGUCUGGAUCAUCGGCUAUUGCGGUGGUGUUUGCGGAGCGUGCAAUGCCGUGGAUUUCAAUGCUGAUGCCUGUAUUUGUCGGUGCGUCAGUGUUUGGGAGCAUAAACGGUGAGGCGAUGUCGAUGUCUCGUUUGACAUACACUGGAGCGAGAGAGGGACACAUGCCAUCCAUUCUCGCCAUGAUUCACCACUGCAACUUGACGCCCAUUCCGGCCAUUCUCAUAUUGCUUGUUCUCGCGGUGGGCUACCAGUUCUACAGUGAUCUCUUUGCGUUGAUUGAGUUGGCUGGUUUCGCCUUCUCUUUCAUUGCGGCUUUGGCGGUGACUGCACUGUUGUACAUGCGCUACAAGGAGCCUGAUCUGAAGACGUCGUUCCAGCUGCCGAUCUUCUUCCCAAUUCUGUUUCUUGGAUGCGACCUCUUCAUUUUGGUGCUGACGAUCUACCAACAGCCACGUGAGUCGUUCUCCAACGUGGUGCUCAUGUUGGCGGCGGUUCCCAUUUACUGGUUGGGUGUGUCAUGGAAGAAGAAGCCGAAGAGCUUCCAAAACUUCAUCAACAAGGGCACAGUGUUUCUGCAGAAGGUGUUUGCGUGCGUGCCAGUGGAGGAUGAGUCUCAGUUGGCAUAA